CAGCUCCUCUGUUUCCUCUCUACUCAAAAGCUACUAAAAACUCACUGUUCUAUAUAAAGCUAACAGUUACAAGUCCAGAAAGCCUCAGAAUCAGAAGAGAGUACAUGAGUUUCCUCUUCUGCCUCUUUGGUGCUUCUUAGCAUUUAUUCUUACACAUCAUUACAUAAUAAUACAUAACAAACAAAAGCUCUCAAAUGGAGAGGUUUCAAGGACACAUCAACCCCUGUUUUUAUGAUCGACAAGCGGAUGCGAGAAGCCUAGACGUUCAAGGAUUUGCAGAAGCUCAAAGCUUUGCCUUUAAGAAAGAGGAGGAAGAAAGCUUGCACGAUACAGUUCCAUUUCUACAGAUGCUGCAAAGUGAAGAAGACCCUUCAACGUUUUUGUCAAUCAAGGAACCAAAUUUUCUAUCGCUACUGUCUCUUGAGCCACCCAAAGAGCCUUGGGAACUCGAAAGCUAUCUUUCACACGAGGAUCCGCAGUUUCAGUCACCGGUCCAAUCCGAGACAAGCCGCAUCUGUCACAACCCAAUUUCAGCAUCAUCCAUGGAAGGAGCAGCUUUAUCAAGCCAAGAACUUCCCUUUAGCUUUAGCCAAACAAACAUGAUAAUCCCUUCUUCUUCCUCAUCACCACGCACUGCGAAUUCAAGACGCAAACGCAAAAUCAGCCACUUGUUGCUAUCUCCAGAAAUGACUCAAGAGAAGAGAAAAAGGAGGAAGAGUAAACCAACUAAAAACAUUGAAGACAGAGAGAAUCAAAGAAUAAACCACAUUGCUGUUGAAAGAAAUCGACGGCGUCAGAUGAACGAACAUAUCAACUCCCUCCGUUCCCUUCUCCCACCUUCAUACAUCCAACGAGGAGACCAAGCAUCCAUAGUAGGAGGAGCGAUAAACUACGUGAAGGUCCUCGAGCAAAUCAUACAGUCUCUUGAGUCGCAAAAGAGAAGUAGUGGAGUGGAAAACGGAGUUAACGACCAAGCGACUAAUAAUCAUCAUCUUUCAGGCAUUUCGUCGAGUGACUUGUGGACCGGUCACGAAGAUCAAACCAAAAUCGAGGCCACAGUGAUACAAAACCACGUCAGCCUUAAAGUUCAAUGCGCGAAGGAACAAGGACACCUUCUCAAAGGAAUCAUUUCACUGGAAAAGCUUCGACUCACUGUUCUUCAUCUCAACAUCACCUCUUCGUCUAAUCUUUCUGUCUCUUAUUCCUUCAACCUCAAGAUGGAGGAUGAUUGUGAACUAGAAUCGGCAGACGAGAUAACGAAAGCGGCGCAUCAGAUUUUCGAUAUCCGACGAUUUUGAUUAACACAUAAAAAUAAAAAUAAAUAUGUAAAACCCGAAAUGAUAAUAAAAAGCUGACAUAUCUUUUUCUUUAAAAAAUCAUUGAAGUAGAGAGCACACUUUUUUUUUGUUUUCGUUUUUCGUUCUUUCGUUUUCCGACUGACGGAAUUAAAUUCUGUUUUGUUCGUAUAUUAUUGGAUUAUUCUCGAUCAUGU